GGCGGCUGGGAGCGGCGAGGCGUCGGCGAGCGGCGGCCGGCGAGGCCCGGGAGGUGGCCGAGGCCCAGGCGGCGGCGGCGGCGGCGGCCCAGGAGGCGGCGCACGGAGAGCGGCGGGAGCAGGCCCGGCCCGGCCCUCGAGCGGCCGCCUGGCUGCAGCAUGCGCGUCCGCCGGGGGCUGCUGCGGCUGCCGCGCCGCUCGCUGCUCGCCGCGCUCUUCUUCUUCUCGCUGUCGUCCUCGCUGCUCUACUUCGUCUAUGUGGCGCCCGGCAUAGUGAACACCUACCUCUUCAUGAUGCAGGCUCAAGGCAUUCUCAUCCGGGACAACAUGAGAACGAUCGGCGCUCAGGUUUACGAGCAGGUGGUUCGGAGCGCUUACGUCAAGAGGAACAGCAGUGUGAAUGACUCAGAUUAUCCUCUUGACUUGAACCACAGCGAAACCUUCCUACAAACCACAACUUUUCUUCCUGAAGACUUCACCUACUUUGCAAACCAUGCCUGCCCCGAAAGGCUCCCUUCCAUGAAGGGCCCCAUAGCCAUAAACAUGAGUGAAAUUGGAAUGGAUGCCAUCCACGAACUCUUCUCUAAAGACCCAACCAUCAAGCUCGGAGGUCACUGGAAGCCAUCGGAUUGCAUUCCUCGAUGGAAGGUGGCAAUCCUUAUCCCCUUCCGGAACCGCCAUGAGCACCUCCCGGUCCUGCUCCGACACCUGAUUCCCAUGCUCCAGCGCCAGCGCCUACAGUUUGCAUUUUAUGUGGUGGAGCAAGUUGGCACCCAGCCCUUUAAUCGAGCCAUGCUUUUUAAUGUGGGUUUUCAAGAAGCAAUGAAGGACUUGGACUGGGACUGUCUUAUUUUUCAUGAUGUGGAUCAUAUACCAGAAAGCGAUCGUAACUAUUAUGGAUGUGGACAGAUGCCAAGGCACUUUGCAACUAAACUGGAUAAGUAUAUGUAUCUGCUUCCUUAUGCUGAGUUCUUUGGCGGAGUGAGUGGCUUAACAGUGGAACAGUUUCGGAAAAUCAAUGGCUUUCCUAAUGCUUUCUGGGGUUGGGGUGGAGAAGAUGACGACCUGUGGAACAGAGUACAGAAUGCAGGCUAUUCUGUGAGUCGGCCAGAAGGUGACACAGGGAAGUACAAGUCCAUUCCUCAUCACCACCGAGGAGAAGUCCAGUUUCUUGGAAGGUAUGCGUUGCUGAGGAAGUCCAAAGAACGGCAAGGGCUGGACGGCCUCAACAACUUGAACUACUUUGCAAACAUCACAUAUGACGCCUUGUAUAAAAACAUUACUGUCAAUUUGACACCCGAGCUGGCUCAGGUGACCGAGUACUGAGACGAGGGGAGAAUAUAUGUUUGCUUCACCCACCGCCCCCAAGAAAGCAGCCUGACGACAUGUCUCGGGGCUCUGCAGAGGAAGAAAACAGAAAUCCAGUGUGGAUCUGUGAGGGAUCACAGGGUUCAAGGAAAAAACAUGAACAGAGCACACGCACAUAACGCCUUCGCCGUUUGGACCCACUGGGCUUGAGGGAGUCAGCCGGGAACUGACUUUCUCUUUUCACAAGACAGACGUCUGUCCUGCUGCUCUUCUCCCCCAUCUUUGCCCUGACGUCCCAUCUCCUCCACAAUCUCCAGAACCGGAACUGUGAUCCGCCACCAUCCCGCCACGGAUGGCCUUGGGAGCUUCUUGGCCUUCAGAGCAAAGAGGCAGACCCACCACAGGGCAGCUGUGUUUUAGGAAGGGCAAAGGAAACUCCACACAACCAUUCUUCUACAUCUCUGGUGUUCUCUUUGGUUCCAUUAAAAAAAAAAAAAAAUUACCUGCUUUGGGUGGGGAU